ACGUCGUAUUCCGCGGACCGGUGCCGCACAACUGCAGAUUCACCAUGGCGGCGAGGCUGAAGGAGACGGCGAGCAUGUACGAGCAACUGAAAUCAGAGUGGAACAAGAAAAGCCCAAAUUUAAACAAAUGUGGCGACAUUCUGGCAAAACUCAAGAUCUCUCUCUUGGAACUCAACUUUCUUCCAACCACAGGGACGAAGCUGAGCAAGCAGCAGCUCAUUCUCGCCCGUGAUAUUCUGGAGAUCGGCGCUCAGUGGAGUAUUCUGAAGAAGCUCAUCCCCUCCUUCGAGAGGUACAUGGCUCAGCUCAUGUGCUACUACUUCGACUACAAGGAUGAGCUCCCAGACUCUGCCUAUAAGCACCAGCUGCUGGGUCUGAACCUGCUGUUCCUGCUGUCUCAGAACCGCGUGGCCGAGUUCCACACAGAGCUGGAGCGGCUCAGCGCCAAGGACAUCCAGAGCAACGUGUACAUCAAGCACCCCGUGUCCCUGGAGCAGUACCUCAUGGAGGGAAGCUAUAACAAGGUGUUCCUGGCCAAGGGGAAUAUCCCAGCUGAGAGCUACACCUUCUUCAUAGACAUCCUGCUGGACACCAUCCGGGACGAGAUCGCCGGCUGCAUCGAGAAGGCCUACGAGAAAAUCCUCUUCAGUGAAGCCACCAGAGUCCUGUUCUUCAGCUCCCCCAAGAAGAUGACUGACUACGCCAAGAAGCGCUCCUGGCUCCUGGGCCCCAGUAAUUACUACACGUUUGGCAGCCAGCAGCAGAAGCAGGAGGAGUCGAGCAUCCCCUCCACAGAGCUGGCCCAGCAAGUCAUUGAGUACGCCAGGCAGCUGGAAAUGAUCGUCUGAGAGACUCCCUCCCAUUCUCGCUCUCUCUCUCUCUCUCUCCUCCUCUCCUCUUCUCUCUCUCUCCUUCUUCCCAGGAUUCUUUGUGUAUGCAAGGCAGCUUUAAAGGAUUGUCUUAGUGCCCCCUCUCUCUCUCUCUCCCCUCCUUUCCUCCCUCCUUCCCAGUCCACAAGCAGACAGGCUCCAUUUAAUCAAAAGUUGUAAUGUUUGUUUUUAGCAUGGCGGAGUUGCAAAUGAAACACCUUUCUCAAGGGAGCGGGGAGCGGGAAGGGGGGAGUGGGGGGGAUUUUCCAGGAAGUUUAUUUUGUAUUCCUUUCUAGAUCUGUUUUUUUUUUUAUUAUUAUUAUUAAAUAAACAAUAAACAAAUACAAAAUUGACAAAAUAUCCAACAUCAUUUUCACUGCUGUCUGCAAAACGUGGGAGUCAAAUCCAGGGACCCGUUGAACAAACUGUUCACAUUAUAAUAAACAAACCUUUUUUUUUUUUUAAAGAAAGAAAGAUUAGACAUUUUUGCAUUUGUAAAGCAUUUCUUUAUCUUUACUGUAAUAUAUAACUAAUGAAUAAUAAAACAUUUUAAAAAAGACCAAAAAAAAACAAAUAAAUGUUUUUCAUCUAAA